CAGCCGCUCAUUCAACGUGUGCUCCUCAACCCUGCAGCAUGGCACUCCCAAACGGACCGAGCCCCGGGACUCUACCGCCGCUGCUGCCGCUCAAACUCCACUGAACACCGGGAAACAUGAGCUGUGAGCGCGCAGUGUACGGCCGAGGCUUCGCUCUGGUGCGUUUGGAGACACCUCCUGGGACUUGUUCACGCGGGGAAGGAGAGGAGGCAAUGCUGAAGCCGGGAGUUCGGAUGUGUUAGCUCAGAGACACAAGCUAACGAAGCAAAAACAACCGGCGAGGCUCACACGGAGAAACGUGGCGAAUGUUGGGCUGAAGCAGAGCGCAGUGUAGCGGGCUGAGAGAGUGCUGUGCUCGGCUGUCCUCGUCUCUUGUGCUCGGCUCUUGUGUUCGCAGUGCGGGGCUGUGUGUGGAGCGGUGGUGGUGCUGGAGCUCCGGAGGUCUGGAGGAGGAUGCAGGUGAAGCAGCAGCAGCAGCAGCGGGUCUCGGAGCCUGACAGCGCCGGGGACACUCUACAGGGAGACGGCCUGCGCAAAAACUCCUCAUGUUUCUCAAAUAUCAAGAUCUUCCUGAUUUCAGAAUGCGCGCUCAUGCUGGCACAGGGCACCGUGGGGGCAUACCUGGUGAGUGUUCUAACCACUCUGGAGCGGCGCUUCAACCUUCAGAGUGCUGAUGUGGGCGUGAUCGCCAGCAGCUUUGAGAUCGGGAACCUUGCCCUCAUCCUGUUUGUGAGUUACUUCGGGGCCCGGGCGCACCGGCCUCGGCUCAUCGGCUGCGGGGGCAUCGUCAUGGCGCUGGGGGCUCUACUGUCGGCCCUCCCAGAGUUUCUGACCAGUCAGUACGAGAUGGGGAAGAUGUGGAGGACGGACAUUGGGCGAGAGGUGUGUUCAAACAGCAGCAGCAGACAGGCCCAGGAGGCAGAGGACAGUGUGUGUCAGAACAAGGCCAACACAAACAUGAUGUACCUGCUGUUGAUCGGAGCACAGGUGCUACUGGGCAUCGGGGCCACGCCCGUGCAGCCACUGGGCGUGUCCUACAUCGACGACCACGUCCGCAAGAAGGACUCCUCACUUUAUAUAGGGAUCCUGUUCUCCACGCUGGUCUUCGGUCCGGCCUGUGGCUUCAUCCUGGGCUCCGUCUGCACAAAGUUCUACGUGGACGCCAUCUUCAUCGACACCACUAAGCUGGGCAUCAGGCCAGAGGACCCAGGCUGGAUCGGGGCGUGGUGGGCAGGCUUCCUCCUCUGUGGUGCCUUACUCUUCUGCUCAGCUCUGCCCAUGUUCGGCUUCCCUCAGUCCCUGCCCCUGGGUGAAAGGGACGAGGCGGGGGACACUCAGCAGGUCAUGCUGCCUCCCCCUUCAGACUACCAGGCUCCUAAAGCCAGCAACGGAGCAGUGCCCGGUCUGGAAGCAGCCAACAGCCCCACCUGCUGUCAGCAACUCAGGGUGAUCCCUGGAGUGACCAGGCAGCUCCUGUCUAACCCGGUGUUCACCUGCAUCAUCCUGGCGGCGUGCAUGGAGAUCGCUGUGGUCGCAGGCUUCGCCGCCUUUCUGGGAAAGUACCUUGAGCAGCAGUUCAACCUCACCACAACCUCAGCCAAUCAGCUGCUCGGCAUGACGGCCAUCCCGUGCGCGUGCCUGGGCAUCUUCAUGGGUGGACUCCUGGUGAAGAAGCUGGACCUGUCUGCUCUGGGGGCUGUGAGGAUGGCCAUGCUGGUCAACCUGCUGUCCUCCGCCUGCUACGUCUCCUUCCUCUUUUUGGGCUGUGACACCGGGCCCGUGGCUGGGGUCACCAUACCCUACGGCAACCAGACUCUGAAGGUUGGAGAGAAGCCUGACGCAGCAUGUCUGUCCCAGUGUCACUGCUUCAUCUCCUCCAUCAGCCCCGUCUGUGGCUCGAACGGAGUCACAUACCUGUCGUCCUGCUUUGCCGGGUGCACCACCUCCGACCGCGGUCAGAGUUCUGACAGCGCUCAGAACCUGAGUGACUGUGGCUGUGUGUCGCCGCUCUCUGAGGCAGCCACAGCAGUGUCAGGGAAGUGCCCAGCGCCCGGCUGUCGGGAGACCUUCUAUAUCUUCCUCUGUGUCAUCUGUGUGUGCAGCCUGGUGGGAGCUAUGGCACAGACGCCCUCUGUCAUCAUACUCAUCAGGACAGUGAGCCCUGAACUCAAAUCCUAUGCACUGGGAGUCCUGUUCCUGCUGCUGCGGCUGCUGGGGUUCAUCCCCCCUCCCCUGAUCUUCGGAGCGGGCAUCGACUCCACCUGCCUGUUCUGGAGCUCAGAGUGCGACGAGCGGGGGGCGUGCCUCCUCUACGACAACGUGAAAUACCGACACCUGUACGUGAGUCUGGCCAUCAUCCUGAAGGGUGUGGCUUUCUUACUCUACGCCACCACCUGGUACUGUCUGCGUAAAAACUACAGGAAGUAUAUACACGGGCAGGAGAGCCACCUUAGCCCCGCCCAGUUCUACCCCAACCUCAGCGAAGGACCGCCCACCGUGGACCGGACCAAGUUUAUCUAUAGCCUGGAGGAGCACGAGUACUGCGAGAACAUGGAGUCUGUGCUAUAGACUAUGGGACGCUACUCACGCCAAUGGGAGCAUCAAGAAUUUACUUAUUGUAUUGAAAGGAUGAAUUGUUUUAUAGACAGUCUGUUCUAGGCCUGUUCAGAUCGGGGUGCAGUGAGGGCACUUUCCACUGCGGAGGGGUGCAUCAGGAUAUGGGGACCACUCAAAAAUGUGCCCCAGAAGUUAAUACAAGCGGCUUGUCGAAGCAAACACCAUUCACUCAAUUUGUAUUACUGUUGUCUUGUUGAGUUUUAGAUGAUAUAACAUUUGUUAUUAUACAAUCCCUAAUAGAAAUUAUCAGGUUCAACUUCAUCCUCUUGGAAUUAUUAGGUUCUAUCUCAUGUUUUUGUGAAAAUUGAGUAUUUUUUGUAUUUUCUUCCAGAAUAAUAUGUGUACAUUUUUAUAUGAGUUAAAUCCAAUUUCCCAAUGAUCGGUCAAAACUUUAAACCACAACGACAUGAAUAGAACCAUAUAAUUCUAAGGGGGUGAUAUGUCAAUUUACAUUUUGGAUUAUUCUUUUGAAAAUACUAUAUAAUUUGGGGGUCUGACAUCAUCAUAUUCUAGCACAUGUGUCUUAUAAAGCUGAUCACUAUAUUCUAUAUGGAGACUAUAAAAUAACACUAUAUAUAAAAUAUUGUAAUUGAAAUGAUCAUAUUCAACAUUUGUGCUUUUUUGUAUAGUUUUUAUGAAACUGCUUCUUGCCCUACAUUUAGAAUUACUUCAUCACAUUUAAGACACAUUUCUCUGAUAAAUGCAGCAUCUGUCUGCAGAGCAGAGCAGUUAUGUUGCCAAACAGAAGUCUGUUUUUUUUAACAUGGUGCACUCCCCACUGUCACCUGCAGAGGGUGACAGAUCUGAUUGAACAGUCUGAAACUUGACAGCAACAGACAACUUUUUUCAUGUAAUAUACAUGAAAAAAACAUCAUGCCACUGCAAAAUGUCUCACCAAAUUUUAAAAGCCAGAAUCUAGUAUCAUGUCUCCUUUAAUAAUAGGAACUACUACAUUGAUAGCCACAGCUGUCCUGGGGUAGACUAACUGAAGUGACCAAUCACUCACAUACCACAUUCACACCAGACAGAGUGGGUGAAGUGUUUUGCUCAAGGACUCAUUGACAGUAUGCACUCUUCAGAGCAGGAAUCAAACCUCUGACUUUCUGCUUUGUCCCAAUGUAUAUGCAAAUAUACCUUUAUUUAACUUGUGUUUUUGACUCCAGUUCCAGUCUCCCCCCUUCUUUCUACCUCCCCCUCCUCAGUGGACAGCAGAAUGCCCUCCUCAGCCCGACCUCCCUAAGGGUCCAUGUAGCGCUUUAUUGACUGUGUGCAGGUGGUAGAGGAGAACUAGCCAAUGGACUUGAAACUACUAGUUGCCAUAUUGUCUUUAGCACGAUGUUCUAUUUAAAGAACACAUAUUAUGCAAAAAAAAAAAAUACUUUUUUUUCACCUUUUAACCAUGUUAUAGUGUUGUCCCUUCAUCAAAAACAUACCUGGAGUUGUAAUUUUGUUUCAUUCACACUUUUUCAUGAAUCCAUUCAUCCAAAGUCAUUUGAGCCUAAAAGAUUCUCUGUUGACAUUUUCCCUGGAUUGUUGUUAAACAGGUAAGAACUCCAGCCUCCUAUGCAGUUUUUAAGCUCCAUAAACCAUCACUGGAUUCAUUCUGGGAUUAAAUUGUGCUCACCACAAAUGCAUGGCUCUAUUAGCGUAGCAUUCACAGGGCAUAAGGACUUCAAUUGUUUACUGUCCCUGCUCACAGCAAAGGGAUGUCCUAUGUCAAAAUGCCUCACUGGGAAGGGAGGUGAAGUUUAUACUGUAUAUUCCACAAAUGCAGACAUUAUUUUAAGUUAGAAAAUAUGAAAUACUUAUCCCAAGGGUAAAAGGAAAUUAAAGCCAAAAGAAUGCAUAAUGUGUGUUCCUUAAAUCCACACACUUUUCUAUCUUUGUGAACUCAAAGUUUUAAGGUUGCUAAGUGUUUACAGACUUUUAGCUGCAGUUCUGCUGAAGAUAGGCAGAGGGCGGUAUUUCUAGUGGCCUAUAGAUCCUAAACUGCCAGAGAUUCUAGUGAAUUUGAUGCACUUGUCUGUCCGGAUUCUUUUUGCUGGAUGUAGACACCGUUUUUGAUACCAGACUCUCUAUGUCUCGUUUAUUAGAUGCAAAAAUGUGCAAUUCCUGUCUGAUACGUCCAUAUUUAUACUGUCUGCGAUCAGAGUUCCAGUUCACACGUGUAUACUCAGCCUAAAAUGUCUGUCUUAAUAAUAAUAAGGGAUAUAAUAUGUAAUCAGGAAUGUUGUAUGUUUCUCUUAUAUAGAGAAGAAAAUGAUAUUUUUGUGUUUUAAGAGAUUAGAGGUAAUAUAUUUGUGUCAGAAUGUUUUAUUAGAAAGCACUUGAAGGAUUAUUAUUAUUAAUAUUAUUAUUAUUAUUAUCAAAGGUGCACUAUGUUACUAAUGGAGGGCCUGCCACGUACUUGUCUCCGUGGAUAUGUUAUUACUUUGGUCACUGUACUCAGUUAUAUUUACUCAAUUACUUUUACUUGAGUAACUUUUUAAAGAAAUUGUACUUUUCAGAGUACUUUUCAGGCAGUGUUUCCUGCACUGCUCCGUCAGAUAUGAUUUUGUUUUUCUCUUAUUGGUGGUCUAUCCUUUGAAAAUACCAGAUCAUGUGCAUUAUUUAAUGCUUAUAAAUUAUUCAAUUAUAAACCACUUAUUGCAGAACAGAGAUAACACUACAGACUCUUACUUGAGUAGUACUUUUCCCAAAUACUUUUUUUUUUCCUUGUGUAAUUUUUUGGACCACUACUUGGCACUUCUGCUUGAGUAAUAAUAUUUUUGAAGUAAUGUCAGUACACUUGGCCAAUCUACCCACCUCUGCACAGUUUGGGAUUAUUUUCUGCACUUUUACUUUGAAAAAUAUUCAAGGUAUUUAUUACUCUAGGAUUAUACAGAGGUAUUUAUAAUUUCAUGCUGUGGACUAUUCCGGACAAAGCAAUAACGUCUCCAUGGAGACAACCGGAUGAUGGACCCUCCAUCAGACAAAUGGCAUAGUGCACCUUUAAAUAUAGUGUAUGAUGUAUAAAUGGGGCUGUUUAUCGUCAUAUUCAGUAUUCAUGUUGCCACAGUUGUAAAUGCCAUAGGUGUGGAACUCCUCAAAUCUGCUAAUUUCUUACUCUUUUCUAUGGCAACAUAUGGUUUAUUUUACUCUGGAAAUAAAUUAUUUUGCAG